AUGGAUUUCUCAGAGGGUUAUGAUGUGGAGUGGAUGCGAGAUCCGGUGAAUGGUGGAUUCCGUUGCCGAGAGAAACAUCCAAAAAUGGGCCAAUCCAUCCUGAUGGGGCCGAGAGUCAGCCGGAUGGCGUAUGACUACAAAGAUCUGCCGCACCAGCUGCAGGAGGUGACUGUGGGAGACUGCCGCCGAGAAGCGGGCGCGCCCGACGUCCGCCGGAUGGAGAGACAGCGGUCACUCAGUCCGGGUAGAGUCUACUCGCCAGUCAGAGCUCAAGAGGUGUACGUGCCGGUGCGACGGUAUGUGGCAGAGGAAGAGGAGGAGUUUUUUCAGCGACCCAAGCGUGGAUUCGCAACGGCAGCUGAACCGGUACGCCCGGAAGGGCCGGUGCUUCAAAACCCUGCGCCGAGGUAUGAACUUGUUCCAGUGAGGGGGGGAAAUCACCGCCAACAGUCCCCUCCAGGACUGUCUUUGAGUACUCUUAAUUGGAGGGUCUUCCCGAAAUAUCAGCCCCCCACUGACGUUCUGAGUUAUCUGACUCUUUUUGAAGUAACUUGCAAGGACAUGGGAGUUGCUCCAACUAUGUAUAUGGCUGUUCUGCGCCCCUAG